AUGGUUAAUAAAUUGGCUAGAGACGGCGAGGACGACAAGUUGGCAGAAGUGAUUAGCGAAGCACAUAAAACUCCCUUCACCAAGGAGCUUGAACGAGCACCGUUUCCUCCAAAGUGUACACUCCCAACCUUCCCGUCUAGGUUUGACGGCACGGGCGACGCAGGAGAGCACAUUAAUAUGUAUAGCAUGUCCCUAUUACAAUGGAAGAACUAUGACGUGGUUAUGUGCAAGUUUUCCCAGGCAAGUCUAGAAGGCGAGGCGAAGAAUUGGUUCUAUACUUUUCCCGAUGAGUCCAUUGGUAAUUAUGGCUCCCUAGUGGAAACAUUUCUCAAAACCUACAUGCAUAAUAGCAUUGCUCGCCUAAGGGUGAAUAAACUAUUCACGCUGGCACAAAGGUUCAGGGAACCCUUAAGAUCUCUAACGGACAGAUGGAGGAAGUUGUGUACCGAUAUUGGGAAGGUACCUGUCGACCAACAGAUCUUUGGGUUCGAAAAUUCAUUAGGAAAGUCUGACCCCAUUUGGAUAGCAAUGUACACUGAGAAACCACAAACAUUAAGGGAGAUGAGGAAGAUGCAAGAACACUACAUCACAUUAGAGGAGAUACAAGAGGGAGCGCAGGAUAGAGGAGUACAAGAAGCCAGCGCGUCAGUGGAGCCCGUUCCCCGAGAAGACCCAAAGCGAUCAGAAAAAAGGCCGAUGGCACCACAGCAAGGCUCGGGCAAGAAGGAAUGGGUCGAGAAAGGAAAAAAGCCUCGUCACGAACCAAGAACGUACACGCCUCUGAACGCACCAUUGGAGGAAAUUUUCAAGGAGGUAGAAAAGCGAAACGACAUCAGAUACCCGAAGACUAGGGGAAUCCAGUUUGACGAGACAAGAAACCAUCCCGAGUUUUUCCAUUAA